AGAUGCGGCAGACCGGAGCAGACAGCGGUUGAUCCUAAAUGCAGCAGCCGGGGAGGAGGAUCACAUCAUCCUGACACACAGCGCGGAGGACAAACACACUUGGUCAGACAGCAGCAGUCAGAACAGAGAGCUGGUAUGGACAACAAGGCGUUGGAACCUGAUUCUGUGAGCAUCCCCAUGGAGGAGGCCAUUGUGUGUAACGGAGGCGGCCAGCCUCAGCAGCAGCAGGAAGCGUCCAUGUUGACCCACCUGAAGAAGGUUGAGAACCAGAUCACGGAGGCACAGCGUUUCUCCCACCUACCCAAACGCUCAGCCGUGGACCUGGACUUCAGCGACCUUUCCUACACCAUCCAGGAGGGACCGUGCUGGAGGAGGAGAGGUUUCAAAGCCUUACUGAAGUGCCUUUCUGGAAGGUUCUGCAGUCGGGAGCUGAUAGGAAUUAUGGGGCCCUCAGGGGCCGGGAAGUCCACCUUAAUGAACAUCCUGGCUGGAUACAGGGAAACAGGGAUGAAGGGUCAGAUCCUGGUAAAUGGGAAACCCAGGGACCUGAGGACGUUCAGGAAAAUGUCCUGCUACAUCAUGCAGGAAGACAUGCUACUGCCACACCUCACUGCACGAGAGGCCAUGAUGGUUUCAGCCAACUUAAAGCUGAGUGAAACUAUGGACGUGAAGAAAGAACUGGUGAAUGAGAUUCUGACUGCGUUAGGGCUCCUCGACUGUGCUCACACUCGUACCAGCUCACUGUCCGGUGGUCAGUGUAAACGGCUGGCCAUCGCCCUCGAACUGGUCAACAAUCCUCCAGUCAUGUUCUUUGAUGAGCCCACCAGUGGCCUGGACAGCGCGUCGUGCUACCAGGUGGUCUCGCUAAUGCGCUCUCUGGCACUGGGAGGACGGACCAUCAUCUGCACCAUCCACCAGCCGAGUGCCAAACUGUUUGAGAUGUUUGACAAGCUUUACAUUCUCAGUCAGGGACAGUGCAUCUACAAAGGCACAGUCCAUUACCUCAUCCCCUAUCUGAAGACUCUGGGCCUUCACUGUCCCACCUACCACAACCCUGCAGACUUCAUCAUCGAAGUGGCAUCAGGAGAGUAUGGAGACUUGAACCCGGUGCUGUUUGAAGCCGUCCAAGGAGGAAUGUGUGCGUUAGAGGAGAAGAAGAACCAGUGUGAUACCAACGGGCAGGCGGUCUGUGCAGCAAAGUUCCCCAUGGACACCGGACACAUAGAGAGCCAUACUUUUGCCACAAGCACGCUAACACAGUUCUGUAUCCUCUUCAAGAGAACCUUCAUCACUAUAUGUCGAGACCAGGUGUUGACCCACCUCAGACUGAUAUCCCACAUCGCUAUCGGUGUGUUGAUAGGUUUGCUCUAUCUGAACAUCGGCAAUGACGCCAGCAAGGUCUUCAACAACACCGGCUUCCUGUUCUUCUCCAUGCUCUUCCUCAUGUUUGGAGCGCUCAUGCCGACCGUGUUAACCUUUCCUCUGGAGAUGUCUGUGUUCCUCAGGGAGCAUCUGAACUACUGGUACAGUCUGAAGGCGUACUACCUGGCCAAGACCAUGGCUGACAUCCCCUUCCAGGUGAUCUGCCCCAUCAUGUACUGCAGCAUCGUGUACUGGAUGACAGAGCAGCCUCCUGAAGCCACCCGCUACCUGCUCUUCAUAGCCCUGUCCACCUGCACUGCCCUGGUAGCCCAGUCCCUAGGCCUCCUGGUCGGGGCUGCCUCCACCUCACUACAGGUCGCCACGUUUGUUGGUCCUGUCACAGCCAUCCCAGUGCUGCUGUUCUCAGGAUUCUUUGUGAACUUUGACACCAUCCCCAAGUAUCUGCAGUGGAGCUCCUAUGUGUCGUACGUAAGGUAUGGCUUUGAAGGGGUGAUCCUGUCCAUCUACGGAAUGAACCGCUCAGAGCUGGAGUGUCCGGGGAAGGUGUGUAAGUUCCAAAAGCCUGAAGAGGUUCUGCAGUUACUGGAUGUCGAGGAUGCAAAGCUCUACUUAGAUUUUAUCGUCCUGGGCAUUUUCUUCAUCAUCCUACGGCUGGCCACCUACCUUGUCCUUCGCUACAAGGUCAAGUCUGAGCGAUAGGUUUCGCUUGGCUCACCGUCUAAAUCUCAAGGCCCUCCUUGACAUCAUCCCAGACCUGGUCUCCUUUCUGUGCACAGACAACAACCUCUCAUGUGGGAAUUUGUUUUAUUUCAUUGUACGCAUUGCUGCUAAAAGGACAGAACAUAAAUUCUGAUCUGUUCGACUGCCAGCCGUGCAGUGACUGAUGACGCAGAGCAGGGAAGAGUCAUCCUAUAAAUCCACAUAUACUUGUUUUACCUCGGACAUCAGGACUUUACUCCUGUGCACGAAGCCAGGUCAGCAGUGAAGAGGGCGAAGAGACUGAGCCACAUUCAGCAGCUUAUCCCGUACGUCUGAUAUUCCUGCAAGGCAGAAAUGUUUUGAGAACAAGGUAGAUGUGAUACAUCAGCACUUAUUGGUGGGGACAUGAUGUUUGUUCAACACUGUGUGCUGCCAUUCUGUCUGUCAGCGCGGGAGUGUUCGGAUUUAUGGUCCAAAAAAACCUGCCCCCCUUUGAGAGAAGCAAAUACAAACAGAGUGUUUGCAUCACUCUGUUGAUCCUAAACCCUGACAACAAAUGGUUUCACUGCAGUAUACAGUGGCUGCAAAGGUUUGGGCUCCCCUGGUCACAAUUUAGUUUACUGUGAAUAGUUAAGUGAGUAGAAGAUGAACUGAUCUCUGAAAGACAGGAAGUUAAAGAGGAAACUUUUCAACAUUUUAAGCAAGAUCAGUGUUUCAAUUUUGUUUUGUACAAUUUUAGAGUGAAAAGUAAAUGAAAGCAGCAACAUGCAAAAGUUUGGGCACUCCGAGACAUCUGAGCUCUCAGACAACUUCUCCCAGGGUCUCAGAGCUUAAUGAGCUUGUUAGGGCUCUGGCUUGUUCACAGUCAUCGUUAGCAAAGGCCAGAUGAUGCUCAUUUCAAAGCUUUAUAAAGACUCUGACUCCUGAAAGCUUGUCCCAACAAUCAGCAGCCAUGGG